AAACAUAGUCGGCCAGACCCAGCCCGCCAUGAAGUGUGUUUCUCACAAUCCCGAAUCACUCAUCUCUUCCUUUCCGGAAGGCCUUGACCACUUGUAAGACAUUGCAGAUUCUGGUCUCGUCCCAAAUUCUCCCCCUGCUAAGCGCGUUGCUGCCUGCGCCUGCCUCAACGCGCCAUAUAAGCUCAUAGUACGCUGGCACCCUUCACUGCCCAACUGUAUCAGAAGCAAUUCUCGUGACGCGCACUCGUCAGAACCUUCUCGUCGCGCUCCAUCCACCGACACAUCCACAACCCCAUCAUCGAAAAUCACAACACACCCCCACCAACGAAUCUCGACCCAUCCUACACGAUGACCAUGGCGACAGCCCGUGAAGAAAGAACCCUGUCUGACACCCCAAAUGGACUCUUGCGCAGCCAACACGAGUACUCGUACCGUCUUCCCACGGCCCCGCGCAUCGUGGUACCCCCUCCCACCCUCACCACCGACAUGCCCGGCCUCUCUUUAGGCGGCACAUCUGGAGACGAUGCAGACAUGAGCUUCUUGAAUGAGCUAGACCUCGAGGAUAUCAUACAAAAGAACACACUGCUGGAAUGGGCCUAUGAGCGGCGGAGAGAGGCGCAAAUGAUCUUGCCCUGGCUCUAUCUCGGACCCAUGGUGGCAGCUAGGGACAAGGAAUUCCUCAAGCGCGAGGGCAUCACCAUGGUGCUGGCUAUCCGUGCGCAGGCCAAGAGCAUGAUGGGCGCGACCCAAGCGGCUGCCCAGGUCUGCAUGGAGGUUGGCAGCAUCGAGGCUCCCAGCUUCUACAGCCUCACACCCAAGUUCCCUGAAGCAGCAAGGAUGAUUAAUUCACAUGUCACACGAGUACGACAACAUACCUUGGAGGCCACAGGGCAAGCCACUCUAGGCAAAGUCCUAGUCUUUUGCGAAUCGGGCAAUGAGAAGUCGGCUGCAGUCGUCGCAGCAUACCUGAUGCAGACGCUCCACGACAUUGACUACAUCAAGGCUAUGCAGGUCUGCCAAGCGCAGCGCUUCUGCGUCAACUUCGACGAUGUCUUGAAGAAUAUUUUGCGUGCGUACUGGGACAUUAUCGGUGCACGACGUUCUAUCGCCGCCUCGAAUGCUCAAGCGGUCCAGCGAAAUGGUCUCGGCAACGGUUACGCACAGCUCGGAUUACUUUCGCUUCCUCUCCCGUCAGCCAAGCAUAAGCGCAGCGUCGAGGACAUGCGGGAUCACGAUGAGGAUACGGACAUGGAUAGUGGUAUGGACGAGUCUGACGCGCUGCGAUUUGCAGGGCGUGAUGUCACCCCCUUCCAGGACCGCUAGGUGCGACCCCCUAGCAUCGGCGUUUCUAUUGAUUGUGUAUUAGGCGUUUCAUUAGCAUUAUACCCUGCAUAUCUCAAGGCGUUAUAUGGCGAUGCGUCUGCAUCUGAAAGAUUGGUUAUGUUUGUAAUUUGGCCUGGAGCUCUGAUGAGAGGAGCGGACAUGUGGGUUGGUUGCUCCUCCCAUUCAGGCUGCCCGUAGUAUUUGGUAGCAACUGCGAACGGGUUCAAAUUUUCCUCAAACACUCACUGGCUCUUGCGCCUUCCCGCCACGUCGCACUCUCACAACCCAUGACUGUCCUCCUACUUCAGACUGUGUUCAGUCACUCGUCAAUUAUGCGUCUGCAUCGUGACACCCCGAAGAGGUAACGGGGCAUG